AUGCCUGUCUGCGGCUGCCACAGCCCCUCCCACCCUCAGGAAAGGCGAGCGUCCCCCACGCCCCUGCCCCCCCAGGAGGUGAGACGUCCUCCCCGGCGCCAUGCGGCCCUCUCCUCCCUCUCCCUGUCCCUCCUGGGCCUCCUGAUGUGCCUGUUCCACCUGCCCCUCGCCUGUCACUCUCGCAGAGACAAGGGCGGGGGCAUGGCCCACUACAUCCCAAUGGCCCAGACCCCCCACCACCAGGUGCUGCCCAAGCUGGUGCAGGGCCUCAGCAUCGCCGUGGUGCUGGUGGGCAACUCUAGCGAGGUGGCGUUGGCGGGCGCCCGGGAGAAGGACGACUUCCUGCACAUGCCGCUGGCGCCCAACGUGGAAGUGCUCACCAUGAACGAGACGGACCCCAAGAGCAUCAUCAAGAGCAUCUGUGACCUGAUGACAGAGCACUGGCUGCAGGGCGUGGUGUUCGGAGACGACACGGAUCAGGAGGCCAUAGCCCAGAUCCUGGACUUCAUCUCUGCACAGACACACAUCCCCAUCCUGGGGGUCCGCGGUGGCUCCUCCAUGAUCAUGGCUGCCAAGGAUGACAACUCUAUGUUCUUCCAGUUCGGCCCGUCCAUCGAGCAGCAGGCCUCGGUCAUGCUCAACAUCAUGGAGGAGUACGACUGGUACAUCUUCUCCAUCGUCACCACAUACUACCCCGGAUACCUGGACUUUGUCACCAAGAUUCGGAGCACCAUAGAGAACAGCUUUGUGGGCUGGGAGCUGGAGGAGGUUCUGCUGCUGGACAUGUCAGUGGACGAUGGAGACUCUAAGAUUCAGAACCAGCUGAAGAAGCUGCAGAGCCCCGUCAUCCUGCUGUACUGCACUAAGGAGGAGGCCAAUACCAUCUUCGAAGUGGCCCACUCUGUAGGGAUCACGGGCUACGGCUACACCUGGAUCGUCCCCUCGCUGGUGGCUGGGGAUGCUGAAGUGAUCCCUGCUGAGUUCCCUACAGGUUUAAUCUCUGUGUCGUAUGACGAGUGGGACUACGGCCUGGAGGCUCGCGUGCGCGAUGGGGUGGCUGUCAUCGCCAUGGCAACCUCCACCAUGAUGCUCGACAGGGGGGCACACACCCUGAUGAAGUCUGAGUGCCACGGGGCCACGGACAAGAAGGGGCCCAUUGCUGGGAACCCCAAUGAGGUGCUCAGGUACCUGAUGAACGUGACGUUUGAGGGCCGGAACCUGUCCUUCAGUGAGGACGGCUACCAGAUGCAUCCCAAACUGGUCAUCAUCCUACUGGACAAGAUGAGGCAGUGGGACAAGGUGGGGAAGUGGGAGAACGGCUCCCUGUCCAUGAAGUACCACGUCUGGCCUCGCUUUGAGAUCUACUCAGGUGCAGAGAGCCGGGAGGACGACCACCUUUCCAUCGUUACGCUGGAGGAGGCUCCGUUCGUCAUCGUGGAGGACGUUGACCCCCUCAGUGGCACGUGUAUGAGGAACACUGUGCCCUGCAGGAGACAGCUCCAAACAAUAAAUAAAACCGUAGACUCUGGGAUCUAUAUCAAGCGCUGCUGUAAAGGUUUCUGCAUCGACAUCCUGAAGAAGAUCGCCAAGCACGUCAAGUUCACCUACGACCUCUACCUGGUGACCAACGGAAAACACGGCAAGAAGAUCAACGGCACCUGGAACGGCAUGGUGGGAGAGGUGGAGACGAAGAAGGCCCACAUGGCUGUGGGCUCCCUCACCAUCAACAAGGAGAGGUCAGAGGUCAUUGACUUCUCGGUUCCCUUCAUCGAGACAGGCAUCAGCGUCAUGGUAUCCCGUAGCAACGGCACCGUCUCGCCCUCUGCCUUCCUCGAGCCCUUCAGUGCUGAUGUGUGGGUGAUGAUGUUCGUGAUGCUGCUGCUGGUGUCGGCGAUUGCUGUGUUUGUGUUUGAGUACCUCAGCCCUGUAGGCUACAACCGCUGUCUGGCCGACGGUAGAGAGCCUGGAGGGCCCUCCUUCACCAUCGGCAAGGCCAUCUGGCUGCUGUGGGGUCUGGUCUUCAACAACUCUGUCCCAGUGCAGAACCCCAAGGGUUGGACCAGUAAGAUCAUGGUUUCGGUAUGGGCCUUCUUCGCUGUCAUCUUCCUGGCCUCCUACACUGCCAACCUGGCAGCCUUCAUGAUCCAGGAGGAGUAUGUGGACCAGGUGUCUGGCCUCAGCGACAAGAAGUUCCAGAGACCCAAUGACUUCUCCCCUCCAUUCCGUUUUGGAACGGUCCCUAACGGCAGCACGGAAAGGAACAUCAAGAACAACUACAAGGAGAUGCAUGGCUACAUGAUCAAGUUCCACCAGAAGAAUGUGGACGAGGCCCUCUAUGGUCUGAAGACUGGUAAACUGGACGCCUUCAUCUACGACGCAGCAGUGCUGAACUACAUGGCCGGGAGGGACGAGGGCUGUAAGCUGGUGACCAUCGGCAGUGGGAAGGUGUUUGCCUCCACGGGCUACGGCAUCGCCAUCCAGAAGGAGUCUGGCUGGAAGAGACACGUCGACCUGGCCAUCCUUCAGCUCUUUGGAGACGGUGACAUGGAGGAGCUGGAGGCCAUGUGGCUGACGGGGAUCUGCCACCAUGAGAAGAACGAGGUGAUGAGCAGCCAGCUGGACGUGGACAACAUGGCCGGCGUCUUCUACAUGCUGGGGGCGGCCAUGGCUCUGUCGCUCAUCACCUUCAUUGCUGAGCAUGCCUUCUACUGGCAACUGCGCUUCUGCUUCAUGGGCUACUGCACGGGCAAGCCAGGCUUCGUCUUCUCCAUCAGCAGGGGCAUCUACAGCUGCAUCCACGGGGUUCAGAUCGAGGAGAAGAGCAGCUCAGCUCUCGACUCUCCAUCGGUCACCAUGAACAACACCCAAUCCAACAUCCUGCGUCUGCUCCGAACCGCUAAGAAUAUGGCCUCCCUGUCCGGGGUUAACGGCUCGCCUCACAGCGCCCUGGACUUCAUCCGCCGUGAGUCAUCCGUCUACGACAUCUCCGAGCACCGCCGCAGCCUGGCAGGUCACUCGGACUGCAAGCCUCCGUACUUGCCGGAGGAUAACAUGUUCAGCGACUACAUCAACGAGGUGGAGAGGACGUUCGGGAACCUCCACCUGAAGGACAGCAACCUGUACCAGGACCACUACCUGCACCACCACGGAGGCUCUGCCCUGGGGCUCAGCGGCCCGCCACUUAACAGACCCCACAGCCUGGGCAGCAACAGCUCUCUGGAAGGGGGCAUGUUUGACUGUGACAGUUUAGGUGGAGGAGUGGCACCCAUCUUCACCACCCAGCCACGCUCUGCCCUGACCCACAGGAACAUGAGUAAGUUUGACCUGAUUGCCAGUCAGAACCCACCCUCUGGGCCGGGCUUCAAAUCGGGACUUUCAGACCUGUACGGAAAGUUCUCCUUCAAGGGAGGGGCCUCCAGCUCAGGUUACAUCCCUGGGCACGACAGGUACUGUGGGGGAGGGGGCAGAGAGGAUGACGGAAACAUCCGUUCAGACGUUUCAGACAUCUCCACUCACACUGUCACCUACGGGAACCUGGAGGGCAAUGCUAAAAAGCGUAAGCAGUAUCGCGACAGCCUGAAAAAGAGGCCCGCCUCGGCCAAGUCGAGACGAGAGCUGGAUGAGAUUGAGCUGGGCUACCGGAGAAAACCCUACCACACAGGCUACCACCACUACCACGGCCACCGCUCCUCCUCCCCGCCCCUACUGGCCUCCGAACGCAAGAGAGGAGGAGGCGGCAAUGCAGGGAGCACAUCCUACCUGUUCCGUGACAAAGAGAGUGUGAGGGAUUUCUAUUUGGACCAGUUCCGCCCCAAAGAUGGUGUCCCCCAAUGGGAACAUGUGGAUCUGACAGACGGUCCUGGAGGGGGGGGUGGAGGGGGCGGGGGGAACUGUACCAGUUUGGUGUCAGUGGACGACUUCCUGAAACAAAAUAAACCCAAGAAAUCAGAGUCUAAGAGUGGGGGAGGCACAUCAGGGGCGGGGUUGGCAGGAGGAGACUGGGAGUGUCGAAACUGCCGUGCCAGCGGAGGAGGGGGCAAGCAGAUGUUGAUGCAUGGCAGCGGGGUGGGGGAGAGGGGAGGCGGGUACGGUGGAGGGGUUAGUUGUGGAUCCUCGGGGGGUGGAGGGAACAGCCGUCCCAGCUCUGCCACCUGCAUGCGCUGCGAGGGCUGCAAAAAGACAGGCAACCUGUACGACAUCAGUGAAGACAACAACCACCUCUUGGAACAGAUGGGGGGUGGGAAAGGCGGAGGCAUGGGGGCUGUGGGGUUAAGUGGAGGCGCCCCGCCUCAAUCUCAAGCCCAGCGUAGGAAGUCUGCCGGCUUUGGAAAGCCCCUCCGACGGCAACACUCGUGCGACACCUUCGUAGACCUUCAGAAAGAGGAGGCAGUCGGAGUCAGGGGGGUCAUGGGGGAUCUAGGAGGGGGUGGUGGGGGCAUGGGGGGUGUAGGAAUGAGCGGGAUGUUGCCUCCUCCCAGAAGCGUUAGCUUAAAAGAGAAGGAGCGCUACAUGGAGGGUGUUAGCCCCUUCGCCCACAUAUUUGAGAGACAUGGAGGCUCAGAGAGGGAGAAGGAGCGAGACAGUGACCCUCUGUUCUACGGUGGUGAGAUGGCCAAAGAAGCAGGUUCGCCAUUCGGCUUGUUCCGUGGUGGUGAGGGCCUUCACCGCCGCUCAGUGGGGGAGAGGGACAUGAGGGACAGAGAAAGAGCCAUGAUGGAGGGCGGUGGAGGAGGAACCUACUCCUUAUCCAAAUCUCUCUACCCGGACAGGGUCAACCAAAACCCCUUUAUUCCAACCUUUGGUGACGACCAGUGUCUCUUGCAUGGCGCCAAACAAUACUACAUGAAAAAGCAACAGCAGCAGCAGCAGCAGCAGAUGCCCCCAAAAAACAGCCGAAGUGACUUCCGGGGCUCCGUGGGUGUGACAUCUUUCUUGCCAGCGACUGCCACUGCUGGGGUCAUGUCCACCGUGGCCCCCAGGUUCCCUAUGGAGCUGUGUCUGGGAGGGAAUCUCCACGGCUCCACGCUGGGUGUGGGGCCAAUACAGCGCCCGUUCAAUGGCAGCAACGGGCACGUGUACGAGAAACUCUCCAGCAUAGAGUCAGACGUGUGA